GGAAGCGCCUGGAAGUCACGUGAGGCUGUCGGACGGGAGACUUAUCUCUCGUGUUGGUUCCGCGCGCCCAGGCAUUUGUGGCGACUGCUGGGAAGCAAACAAAACAUCUCCAAAAGUAACCAACAAAUGAAACAGCAACAAUGUUCCAGAGGUCGUUAUUUCAGGUGAUGCGCCAGUUUGUAAGACAUGAAUCUGAGGUCUCAACAACCCUAGAAAGAUCUUUAAAUCGUAUCCAACUGCUUGGUCGAGUAGGACAGGAUCCGGUCAUGAGACAAAUGGAAGGAAAAAACCCUGUCACAAUUUUCAGCCUAGCCACCAAUGAGAUGUGGCGAUCGGGAGACAGUGAGGUGGUUCUAGGAGAUGAUGUUACGCAGAAGACUACAUGGCACAGAGUCUCCGUGUUCAGGCCAGGGCUGAGAGACUUAGCUUAUCGUUUUGUGAAGAAGGGUGCUCGGCUCUACGUGGAAGGAAAGAUAGAUUAUGGCGAAUAUGUAGAUAAAAACAAUGUGAGGCGGCAAGCCACAACUGUGAUUGCAGAUAACAUCAUUUUCCUGACUGAUGCUAAGGAUGUAUUUCCUGAGGCGACUUAAAAAGGAAUGAUGCAAAUGGGGUUUGGACUGAGGGUUAAACUGUUCUUUUUUUCCCCUUUUUUUUCCUUUUUAUUGUAAGCUUUUCCUAAUACAAUAAUCAUGUCUUUGUUGUCUAGCCUGAUAAAAAUAAUUUUUUGUACAAAAAGAA